AUGUUGGCUGGAAGAAUGCCUUUUUGGUAUAUGGAUCUUGAUGAGGAAACAUUCACUUUGAGACGGGAUUAUCUUAAAGACAACGAGGGCAUUAAAUCAGUCCGGUUUCCUGUUUGUUUAGAUGGUCACAAUCAAAGGUUUCUGCGAAUCACCAAUGCUCAAGAGGUUUUCAUCUACGAUAAAACUCGAGAAUCAUGGAGGAGUUAUCAUCAGCAAGGGGAUACAGCUCUUGAUAUGGUCAAUCUUCUGCAAGUUUCUGCAUUGAAAGAAAGCUACGGUAGAAAUGGGCGGUGGGCAGCCGCUAUGGAAUCACCUUUGACAUUAUAUGCUGAUCAAGGGAUAUGCAUGGCCAAGCUGACAAUCCCAGGCCCAUCAACCACCACCUAUCAAUUUUUCCAAAUCCUCUUUAACCUCGAAAAUAAUUCAUUUACUUUCCGACGAAAAGCCUCUGUCACGAUCCCAAAAUUGACAAUGUUUUAUAUCUCAUGCAGUCCAAACUAUGUUGCAAUAAUGGAUAUGUCAAAUAUUAUGAUCAUCCCAAUCCAGGCACCAUCACUUUCCGAAAUUGCUAUUUGGAAGAUUCAGCAAAUGGCCGCAAAGAAGACCAUUACCGGAGCUCAUUGUACAGGACUUACCAUUAAAAACUUCCAUGAAUUGAUGAGGGAUCAGAAGUUUGGAACUCUGCUU